CGUAAACCGAAACAGACGUUAUAAUUUGGGACGGAAGUAGUAGUACUACAAAAAAUGGCAAAAUUCAUUUACUAGUAUGCCAAACAACAAAUGGCCGAGGCUAAAACUAAUAGGCAACAAGUGCAGACCAGAUAACCCCAGUUUCUGAAACGAUUGUCGUGUUUCAUUCAAAAUUCACAAACUCCAAUUCCACCCAUCGGAGCUCAGCAGGCCCUCCGCCAUGUUUCUAGUCAAGGCAUGGAGGACUACAGCCUUUUCCGCCUACGGGUACCUAAAUUUCACCAAAUCCGGUUUUUUGGAACAUUCUAAGAAGUUCAACCCUGAAGAUAUGGAAGCAAGAAUGGAAGCUAAAAACUGUGUGGUUACUGGUGCAAAUUCUGGCAUUGGUUUUGCAAUUACCCAGGGCCUCGCUUCACGAGGAGCAAAUGUGUAUAUGGUUUGCCGGAAUAAAGAGAGGGGGGAAGCAGCUCUUUCCCAAAUCCGGUCAACCACUGGGAACACAAAUGUUUUCUUGGAAGUGUGUGACAUUUCAUCUGUUAGUGAUAUUAAAGCAUUCGCCUCCAGAUUCUCUUCAACUAAGUUGUCCAUUCAUGUCCUGGUAAACAACGCUGGACUUCUUGAGAAUAGUAGAGUUACUAUACCAGACGGAUAUGAGAUGAAUUUUGCUGUGAAUGUCCUGGGAACUUAUACCCUUACAGAGCUGUUGUUGCCUCUCCUUGAGAAGGCUGCACCAGAUGCACGUGUGAUUACAGUUUCAUCAGGUGGAAUGUACACUGCUCCCUUAACCAAUGAUUUACAGUAUAGCGGUGAUAAGUUUGACGGAGUUGAACAAUAUGCUCGUAACAAACGAGUUCAGGUCGCAUUGACCGAGAAGUGGUCUGAAAUGUAUAAAGAUAAGGGCAUCGGGUUUUAUUCGAUGCAUCCCGGAUGGGCAGCCACUCCUGGGGUUUCACACAGCCUCCCAUCCUUCUCAAAAGCAUUUGAAGGGAAGCUGAGAACAAGCGAGGAAGGGGCGGAUACUGCCGUAUGGUUGGCCCUGCAGCCAAAACAAAAGUUGGUUCCGGGAGCAUUCUAUUUCGACAGAGCUGAAGCACCUAAACAUCUGUUGUUCUCAGGGACCAAGACGGAGUCCCCUUCUGUUAUAGACUCCAUCGUCGAAAAUCUGAAAUCCUUUGCUGGUCUUCUUCAUUGAUGUACGUCUUCUUCGACAACCCAAUGAAUUCCUAACUGCUUUUGCUUCAAUACGUACAAGUAUAUACCAAUAAAGGAAAUACUCCCUAAAAUUUAAAAACUAUAAUGUGAAGUAGUAAUCAAUAAUGAAGUAAUUUAAAAGCUCCCAAAUUUGUGGAGCUAACCAAAAUCAGUAUAAUCUUAGGAAAUAAGGGAAACAAAGGUAGAAUGGAGUU